CAAUAUUCCUUGGCGUCAUAUCUGCAAAGUGUUUAAUUGGAUUGGAUUAAAGAAGAAACGUUUGGAGUAAUAAAAAAAAUCAUUCAGAAAAUACGGUAUUUAAAUAAUAAUUUUGAGUUUUUAUAAGUGUUUAGUUUUAAAUGAUUGUUAGUGCACAAUAUUCCAUGACGUCAUAUCUGAAAAGUGUUUAAUUGGAUUGGAUUAAAGAAGAGACCUUUGGAGUUUAUAAGAAACAAACACGGAAUUUGUAUGCGUGUAACUGUGACGUUUUAAUGGAUCUGUCCAUUGACCUUUAACCCGAGGAUUUCAAGGGUAUGUUCUUUCAAUAUUAUUUAACAGCUAUAUUAUGACUCGUAAUUACGAAGAACAGUUAGAAAUGUGUUGUGAAGACCUUUAAUACAAGUUCCGCGAAUCAGCCCUGCUAAAUCAUUUGGGGUUUUCAAGCCAGUUCUCCCGACCAAAUAAAUGGCGCCAGAACGACGAACGUCACAGGAAUCUGGAGAUCAAAGAACUGAACAAACGCGAUCAUCCACCGAGAAUGGUGAAAACAUAACACAAAAACCUGUCUCGAUAGACGGUCAAAAAGACAAGAAAUGUUUUAUAAAAAUUGUUCUUCCCUCGCAAGACGACGAAUUCCAUUCGAAUACAGAAGGAGGAUCUACCAAGAUAGGCAAAGUUAAUACAUCUAUAUCCAGAAAUUCAGAAACAUCAGAACAUUCCCCACAAAUUUUGGCUGAUAAGAAUACACAGUUUGGAUAUGAACACGAUCGCAUGACUUGUAAUUCUUCUGACACGGGAGGCGAUUCGGUUAGAGACGAUGUUUUUGACGAUAACAAAAUAGACCACCAUCAUGACCUAGAAACAACAAUUUUAAAUCUAUACGCUUCAAAAAUUGGGAAACAACCGUUAGAGGAAAAAGAAGAUAAUUCAUUAUCGGUUGGGUCACUAAAAGAUGCAUGUCGAAUAAAUAAUAAGCCAAAGUUAGUCAAACGCACCGAAAAACAGAAACAUGGCACGGCGAUUGAUCGUGUUCGUGCCAGCAACCUGUCUGGAAGUUUUGUGGAUAUUGGCGGCUGGCAAAAUGAGUUACAAAAAUCCCCGAGAUUUGACCCCCUUUUACAGAAGAGGACAAAAACAUUUCCAUCUUUAGGUAAAAAGUAUAAGCCUGGUAUUGGAGAACUGCCUUUCCGGUUUGAACAUCACGAGGAUUUAAAUCGGUACAUUAGAGAUUAUCGUUACACUCAUACCUUGGGAGGGGUUGGCCGCAAACAGUACUUGGAUGGAGCUUUACAAAAUAACAUUUACCCCAACAGUCUUACUGGAGGUCAAUGGUCGUUGAGGAGCCCGAACUUUCGUAUAAAAACUACCGACCCGACGUCAAGAACAUUUCUACCACAAACUCAACGAAGUAUCGGCAAUCUCCAUCCGGGAUGCAUCCUUUGUGAAAAAGAAAAGUUUAGAUUAAGAAACAGUUUUCCAAAACGAGUGUACUUAAGUUGGAACCAAUAUAUGGCUUUAUGCAAGUCAAAUACCGCCUUGAUGUCCCAGGCUACUAAUUACUCUAUCGACACAACAUCAAGCCAAGCCACGCCACGAGCAGUGACGUCAUAUUCCCCAACACGCCCGGAAUUUCUGAUGAACCAACGCGAGAAAUCUUACGACAUUGGAUGUAAAUAUGGAAAAGAAUCCAACGGUGCAAAGACUGGAUCAAAUGAACGAAAAAAGAUUGACCCGAGUUCCCUAGCUAUGGACAAAACGUUACUUGUUUAUCGUCUGAGGGGGAAAAUGAAGAAUUCAGUUAAUGGCGGGAAACACGACUCGAAUGAAACAUCCAACUUUGACACGAAUAAUUCACUGACCUUAAAAAACACCCCAAAUCCACUUUAAAUUUAUCAAGACCUCUAUGCAAUAUUUAAAAGAAUGUUUUUAAAAGAAAACAAAUACGACGAUUUUGUAAAUAUAAAUUUAUUAAAUGUCUAU